ACAGGCCAGCUCUUGUGAGACAGGAAAUCUGGUUUUGCCCAUGGCAGGAUGUAGGUGCAUUCAGAUGCGGGUUUCACUGUACACAUGCCCAGUCCCUUGGUCUGUACACACCUCUCACAAGCUAUCCCUGACCCGUGUGACCCCCCAGCCUUCACUGGAGGCCUCGCCUGGAAACACCAGCCCACGAGCUGUCUCUAUACAGGCUUAAGGGCGACCUCCAUCACCGGCUGACCCGCCCUCACCCCGUAUGGCCCCCCGGCUCUGGCCCCACCGGCGCCCCCCUGCCUGGCUGCAGCGGGGGCUGCUGACAGGGCUGGGGGGGCUGGCGCUUGUGAGCCUCCUGGUUGGGGGCACAGGGGAGGAGCUGCUAUCGUGGUCACUGGCCCCCUUCCUGGGAGGCGGGGGGGGUUUCCUGCAUGCAGACCCCCCCUUGCCUGGCCCCGACUCCUUCCUGCUGCCCAACGUGGACGCCUGCGGGUCCCAGCCCCCCUUCCUGCUGGUGCUGGUGGCCAGUGCACCAGGACACACGGCCCAGCGCCAGGCGGUGCGUGCCAGCUGGGGGGGCGCCCGCUGGGCCGGCGGGUACCCAGUGCGGACGCUCUUCGCCCUGGGGGCACCGGGCUCGGGCGAGGAGCAGGCCCAGCUGGCGGAGGAGUCCCAGCGUCACGGAGACCUGGUGCAGGGCCGCUUUGCCGACACCUACGCCAACCUGACCCUCAAGACCAUGAUGCUGCUGGGCUGGGCGGCCGCCCACUGCCCCAGCGCUGCCUUUGUGGUGAAAGUUGAUGACGACGUCUUCCUUAACCUGCCUGCCCUGGCCCGCCACCUGGGGGCGCUGCCCAGCCCUCACCAGCUCUACCUGGGCCGGGUCCACUGGCGGGUGCAGCCCAACCGCGACCCCAGCAACCGGCACCACGUCCCGGCCUCCGCCUACCCAGCUGGGGCCUUUCCCCCCUACUGCAGCGGCACGGCCUAUGUGCUGUCCAGCGACGCUGCCCUGUGGGUGCUGGGGGCCGCCCCCCACGUGCCUUCCGUGCCCCUGGAGGACGUCUACGUGGGGCUGUGCGCUCGCUGGGCUGGCUUGGCCCCCACCCACACAGCCCGCAUGGCUGGAUCCACCCACUACCCCAUGGACCCCUGCUGCUAUGGGGAGGUGCUGUACAGCGUGCACCAGGUGGGCCCUCAGGCACUGGAGGCAGCCUGGGCUAUGGCAGGGGGAGAAGGGGGAUCCUGUACCCCACUGCAUAGGGGGCUGGGAGUGCUGAGGUGCAAGGUGCUAGCUCUGCUGGAGCGUCUGUGAGGGGCGGGGGGGCUGGGCGCCAGGACUCCUGGGUUCUCUCCUCAGCUCUGGGAGGGGAGUGGGUUCUAGUCCAGUGGUUCUCAAUCAGAGGCACGUGUACCAUUGGGGUACGCCAAGGUCUUCCAGGGAGUGCAUUGACGCAUCUAGAGAUUUGCCUAAUUUUACAACAGGCUACACACAAAGCACUAGUCCAGUCAGUACAAACUAAAAUUUCAUACAGACAAUGACUUUGUUAUACUGCUCUAUGUACUAUACACUGAUAUGCAAAUACAAUAUUUAUAUUCCAAUCAAUUUCUGUUAUAAUUGUCUGAUGAAAAUGAGAAAGUAGCGAUUUGUCAGUAAUAGCGGCUAUGACAUUUUUGAAUUUUUAUGUCUAAGCUAGUAAGCAAGUUGAUUUUAAGUUAAGUGAAACUUGGGGGUACGCAAGGCAAAUCACACUCCUGAAAGGGGUACAGUAGUCUGGAAAGGUUGAGAGCCACGGGCCUAGUGGGGCGGGGGCAUGCUGGGAGCCAGGACUCCUGGGUUCUAACGCCAGCUGUUAGUGCAGUGAUGCUCAAUGGGUGGCCUGGGGCCAAAUGUGACCCGCCAGCUUACCUUAAAAAAAUGGUUGUAACUAAACUCAUUACCAGUGAUGUGCUGCCUAUGGCUCCCUUAGUAACGUCCUGGAGCUUGGGUUCUCCAAUAGCAUCGGCUACAACUGAGUUGGGACGCCGCCUGUUUUAUCAUUGGUGAUGUAAAUGGAGCCGGAAACGAAUUGUGAGUGGGGGAGUAAAUGUCGCAAAGCCGACAGCGAAAACCAAGCUUUAAAUCUCAGCUGCACGGUGGAUUUUCUCCUUAUUAUGCCAUUGCAUUUAAAUGCAAAACCUUUGUGUUUCCUCUACCAAACCACUGGAUCUGUCUGUAAGCUCCCCACGGGGAGGCGCCACUUUGACUCAAAGCACAGUCACUUCCACGCGGCCUGGCCUCCUCAUGGUGCUGCAAAAUGUGACAAAAUUGAAAAUCUGAAGUCUUCAUGUCACACCUGAAAUGUUCUCACGAGAUCAGCAACUGUACAGGGGAAAGCAACAGCUGCCUCUCGUUGGAGAAUGUAGGCACUAGCUAAAAGGAAAAGGCCUUUCCUGAAUGCCAAGCUCGUGAAGGAGCCCACAUUGGAAAUGCUGAAGGAGCUCUUUGCCAGGGAUAAAAAACAAAGCUGACAUUGUGACCCAUGUGACGCAGGUUCCCCUGUCUGAUUCCAUGGCAGUGCAAAGAGUGGCUGAUAUUUGUAAUUUAUGUGGAUUGUCUGUCAACACUGCUUUCUGAUUUAAAAACGCAAAACACAUGUCUCCUGCAGUGGACAAAUCAUUUAAGUUACACUCCCCAGCUAGUGCUGUUUGUUAGGUUUUAUGAGGGUGAAAUUUUCAAGGUAGAACUUUUAUGCUUAAUACCAUUAAGAAACCUACCCCACAGGAACAUCCUCUGUCGCCCACUCCCAGCUUCUGGCAAACAGGGGACACUCAUCCUGCACAUCCGCUCAACUUCUAGCUUGCAACAUUGUUUUUAUAAAACUGUUUUACGAGACAUUUCAGCCGAAUUCAGUGACCUGUUGCAGCAUGACAUUCGCUGGUUAAGCAGUGGGAUUCAUGAUACAGGUGUUGUGUGCUUCAAAAAGAAAUAAUAGAAUUCCUUUCAAACCCCAAGAGCAACAAGGCUUGCGAGUUCCUGGAAUUUAUGAAUUAUGUCACAAGUAGCUUUUCUGUGCGAUAUUACUGGUCACUUGAAUUCCUUCAGCUUGCAGUUCCACGGUCAUGCAAGCAGUGUCAGGAAUCUGUUUGAAAAAGUGUGUGCCUUUCAGAGGAAUCUUGAAAAUUUUCAGGCAGACUUAACAGGAAAGCUGUUGCACUUUCCCGCAUUGCGUGGUGUUGUUACAGAUGAAGCCUCGAUGAAAAUGCUGCACAAAUUCCUGAACAAUCUGAUCAAAAAUUAUAAAAUGGGAUUUGAGAAUUUUAAAAUUCCCAAGGAUUUGAUUUGAUUUGUUAUCUCUGCCGAUGGCCCUUACCCUUCUGAAGCAAAGAACACUCUUGAUUCAAUCAAUGAAGGGGCCUUUCUAUUAGAAAUCGUAAGGCUCGAGAGCUCAGAUGUCUUGAAGGCAAAAUCCAGAGAAGCGGGACAUUGCAAGUUCUGGACUCAGUCUGCUGACCAGUUUCAGAAUAGCCAGCAUCUGGCUUUUAACUGUGUUCGGACCAACGUACCUCUACAAAGCUGGGUUUUCUGCCAUGAACACUAUAAAAACCCAAUAUCGCCAUCACCUGAGGAACGAGCAUCUUCAUGAGUGCAUGGGCCUUGGCCAGACCACCUACAACCCACUCAUCAUGUUUGGUGCUGUCACCUCUCCCACUAGCAAGUGCCACAAACACAGGUAAUAAUGUUGAGUUAUAAACUGUGUUAGAAUAGAGAAUCACUAAUACUUUCCUUGCCUCUUGUUGGAGGGGCUUUAUUUAUUGGCAGCUGAAGUGUUUUUUUUGUCAGACAUCUGUACCAAUAGGCUGCCUUGCGUCAGAACAUUCUCAAAUUGGCCUGUGGGUAGCUCUCAUUGAAUAUCACUGAGCUAGUGGGUUAGAGUUUGGUUGGGGGGGAACCAGAACUCCUAGUGCGCUGGGACAGUCAGUGUGUGUCUGUGCAGGGCUCAGCCCAACAGAGGCCCUGAUCUCAGUCAGGGUCUGGGCUACCUGGCCCAACGGUGGGGGUAGGCUUGCUCUCACUCAUGGGUCUGUGCCACGCCCAGUGAGGGCGUCAAGCUCAAAUAACCUGGUUGGCACCUGACCAGAAGGACCAAUAAGGAAAGUAGAUACUUUCAAAUGUGUGUGUGUGUGGGGGGGUGUUGUUUGUGCUCUUUUUUUGUUCCCUCUCUGGAGGGAGAGAGAAGCCAAGCAGGGACAACAUCUUCUGAAAAUAUAUCUGGAAUAAUCCAUCUAAAAAUUACAGAUAUUGUAAGUGAGCCAAGGAAAUGCAUUAGGUUAUCUUUUGUUUUAGCUUGUGAAUUUUCCCUAUGCUAAGAGGUAGUUUUAUUCCUGUUUUCGUAACUGAAGCUGAGUCCAGAGGGGAGUCCUCUGUGUUUUAAAUCUUUUUAUUACCCUGUAAAGUUACCUUCCAUCCUGAUUUUGCAGGUGUGAUUCUUUUACUUUUUUCUCUAUAAUAAAAGUCCUU